AGUGUUCUACAGCUAAGCAAAGACUACAGACUUAUCAGUUAAUUAAAUAUUAAAUAUUUUAGUUAGAAGCGCUAAUUAUAGAAAAUAAUACAAAAUGCUUUACGGAGUGAGAUUAAAAAUGAUUUUUUGUUUAUUAAAAAUAUUAAGUAUUUUUAUUGUAAACAAUGCUGAAGCCAAAAUAAAGCAACCAACAUCACCACAUAUUAUAAUGAUCUUAGCGGAUGAUAUGGGUUUCGAUGAUGUUAGUUUUCGUGGUGCAAAAGAAUUUCUAACACCCAAUAUUGAUGCCUUAGCCUAUCAUGGUAGAAUAUUAGAUCGUCUAUACGCGCCAUCAAUGUGUACGCCAUCAAGAAGUGCACUACUUACAGGAAAAUAUCCCAUACAUACAGGUACCCAACAUUUUGUCAUUAGCAAUGAAGAACCAUGGGGAUUAUCAACGAAUGUUACAACAGCAGCAGAAAUAUUUAAAAAAGCUGGAUAUGCCACAAAUUUAGUUGGGAAAUGGCAUUUGGGCUUUGCUAAAACGGAAUAUACACCAACAUAUAGAGGAUUUGAUUACCAUUAUGGUUAUUGGGGUGGAUUUAUAGACUAUUAUCAGCGCAGAUCAAAAAUGCCAGUUCCAAACUAUAAUAUGGGGUAUGAUUUCCGUCGCAAUUUGAAUUUAGAAUGCGAUAAACUAGAUACAUAUGUAACUGACUUAUUUACUAAUGAAGCCGAGCGUAUUAUCAUUAACAAUAAAAAUACAAAGCCGUUGUUUCUAUUGGUUAAUCAUUUGGCACCUCAUUCAGGCAAUGAGGAUAAUCCGCUGCAAGCACCGGCAGAGGAGAUAAGAAAAUUUAAGCAUAUUAAAGACCCUAAUCGCAGAAUAUAUGCAGCUAUGAUUUCAAAAUUGGAUGAGAGCGUAGGUCGUAUAACAGCUGCUUUGGAACGUGCAAAUAUGUUAGAGAAUUCUAUUAUAAUAUUUUACUCAGAUAAUGGCGCGCCAUCAGUAGGUUUAUUUUCUAACACCGGCAAAAAUUGGCCAUUAAGAGGACAAAAAAAUACGCCAUGGGAAGGAGGAGUGCGAGUUGCAGGUGCCAUUUGGAGUCCAUUAAUUGAAGCACGUGCAAGUAUUUUCAAACAGCCUAUAUAUGUUGGUGAUUGGUUGCCUACUUUAGCUGAAGCUGCAGAUGUCGAAUUACCAAAGGACUUUGAACUGGAUGGCAUAAGUUUAUGGUCUGAGCUAAAAAAUGAUAAUACAGAGACAAAUUACAAAGAGCGCGAAAUAGUACAUAAUUUGGAUGAUAUAUGGAAUGUAGUUUCAUAUAUGCGUGGACCAUGGAAAUAUAUUAAUGGCACAACAUCGAAUGGUGCUUAUGACAAUCUAAUAACUUAUCGCGAAGAAUACGACGUUGAUCCAAGAGAACUACGUUAUGUUGUGGAAGUGAGAAACUCAGCUACGUCAAAAGCAUUAAGAAAAUAUGAUAAAUAUCGACUGACGAUGUAUAGAAUUGAGCAAUUACGUGAUAAGGCCGCUGUAAAAUGUGGUAAUCUGCAACGAAGUUGUAAUGCGCUACUUGAGGAAUGUCUUUUUAAUUUAAACGAUGAUCCGUGUGAGCAAAAUAAUUUAGUUUGGGAUACUGCUUAUAAGAACAUAUUAAAUGAUAUGCGUGAAAGUGUAGAAAGUUAUCGUAAAUGCGCUACUAAACCAGGCAAUUUACCGGGACAAUUGGAAUAUGAUCCAAGUAGACAUAAUUGUGCAUGGACAAACUUUCUAGAAGAAGCACCAACAAAUAAUACCCUGGAUUGUGGAUAUCAUGGACCUCCUUGUCUCGAAACAACUGAUGUAGGAGGUAGAAACUCUAUAAUACAUAUAAAUAAAUUUAUAUAAAAUUUUUUAUAGCUUUAAAAUGCACUAAUAAAUAUUAUUUAA